AUGGGUUUGAUGCUACUUUUGAGGAAAAGAAAGAGGAAAGAGUUGGAUGAAGAGUUCCGAAUCAAAAGAGAAGUGAAAACAGAUAUUCGAGUGAAAAGAGCGAUUGAUGAUGAAGACGAAGAGUUUGAGUAUUAUUUGUGGAAGAAACAUUUGAGGAACAAGUGGAGAAGAAGAUUAGAGAUGAAUAGCGGUGACACGAUCAUCCACAAUCAUUAUCACAUCGAUCGACCUACUCCUGUUGUUCAACAACCCGCCUACCAACCCUACUAUUAUCAACCGACCUAUGGUUACUACAACCCGUAUUACCGCUAUGGAUAUUACUAUCCGCGUCGUUAUUGGCGUAAUUAUUAUCGUUAUUAUCCAUCAUACGGUUACGGUGGAUACGGUAAUUACGGUGGAUACGGCAAUUACGGAGGAUACGGCGGUGGAUACGGCGGUGGAUACGGUGGAAACGUUUUCAAUCUGGGAAUGGGACGAGGAAUCGGU